UUCAACACUACUAUAUAACAAAUAAUUUGAGCCCCCGCAUGACAGAACCACUCAAGUUACUCGUAUGUUGUACCGGAAGUGUGGCUGCUAUAAAAAUACCCCUACUUCUCCAACAACUCAAAGAUAUUAUUCCCGGAUUAUCGAUAAAGCUUGUAGCCACUCAAAAUUCACUUCACUUUUUUGAUACGACAAGUUUACCAGAGUCUGUACAACUAUACACAGACUCGGAUGAAUGGGACACAUGGAGCAAGAUAGGUGACAAAGUGUUGCAUAUAGAGCUGCGACGCUGGGCUGAUAUGAUGUUGAUAGCACCGUGUGAUGCGAACACUAUGGCUAAAAUAUCAGGGGGUAUCUGCGACAAUCUACUCUGUUGUGUGGUGCGUGCCUGGGAUCUGGCUAAACCCUUACUUUAUUGUCCUGCUAUGAACACUGCCAUGUGGGAGCACCCCCUAACUGGAAAACAGAUAGCGGUAUUAGAAGGUUUUGGGUAUAUUCGACUGGGUCCCAUUUCUAAAGUUUUAGCUUGUGGGGAUGCAGGAUUGGGCGCUAUGAGCGAAGUCGCUGACAUCGUCAAUUCAGUGAAGGAUAAAAUUGGCAAGGUCAAGUAGUUGGAUACGUUGUCUAAUUUCAUAAUGAUGCUUGUUAGCGUCGCUGACUAAUGAAACAUUCGUAACACUGUAAUUAUUUAAUGAGUCGUCAAUUUCCAUUGUUUCUACUUGAGCUAAUACUAUUAUUUGAAGGUGGUAUUCGGUUUUUAAAAUUAUGAGAGUAACGAAA